UCAUUUCCCGCCGAUUUGUCACAACUCACAAGCACGUUCAAUUUUGGAAACGUGGUGCGACGCUUCCUCUGCCUUCUCUUUUUGGCAAUUCCCCGACCUCAUUUUACAACAACCCGAAAACCCUAGAUUCAAGAACUGAAGCCUCAACUUUUUCGUCCUCUCUUCCGACGUUUGCACUGUAAUAUUCUGUGUGAACUGUUUGCUAUCGUCUUCUUAGUCGAUUUCGAACUCCGCGAGGUUUCUGUCGAGGGGGUUUGCUGUCCAUCAUGGUUGUGCAUUCAGUCCCUCCUCUUGAUUCAUAUUGUAAUCCUCUAGCAAGUGAUUCAAUAAAUGAAAUUAACAAUGAAACACUUAAAAGGGAUCCCAUUUCAACCCCGAGCGAGGAGGAAAUGGAAAUUGAAGCGGCUGUUGUCUCAGUGACAAAAGGCGUUGCGCAGCACGUUCAGAAGAUUGUAUCCGAGAAUGAUUCUGCUUCCGUUGGUAGAAGAUGUAGUGCGAGGCUGCGAAACCGACCAGAAAACAAGCGACCCUAUUACGGCACUGACAGUAGGGUGGAUGCGACGUUAGAAAAUGUGAAAGACAAAGGUAGUAGCAAGAAUACCAAACUUCUUAAAAGGGGAAAGUUGGCCAACGACGUUGUUGUAGAGGCUGCAGGUUGUAUAACUUGUCCAAUGCUUGAAUGGUCAGACAAAUUGAUGGCACCUGUUGAUUUCCGAUUUGUUGAUUCUGUUGUUGUAACUCCCAAGGAGGUUCAAGAAAAGGUCAAACUCGGUGAUUGCUAUAAUGUUGAUGCAAUGGGGAGAAGUGCCUAUGCUAGGGUCAAGGAUACUUUAAGGAUAUUUAAUACACAUUACCUUCACUUUGUCCAAGAAGAAGAGAAGAGGUGUAGGAAAGCUGAAGUAGAUGCAAAAAAGGUUGCUCGAGGUUCAGCAUCUAAGGGUGUCCAAAAAGUGAAUGUGUCUGAACUGGAUACCAAGCGUUCUUCCAAACGACCUGAUCUGAAGGCAACAUCCAAGAUGAUGGAGACAAAUGCUAUUUUAUACCGUGGAAAAAGAUUUGGUGACCUUCCAGGCAUUGAUGUUGGGUACCAAUUCUUUUCUAGAGCUGAAAUGGUUGCUAUAGGCUUCCAUAGCCAUUGGUUGUCUGGAAUUGAUUAUAUGGGACAGUCCUACAGCAAGUUGAAGGAAUAUAGUGGCUAUACAUUCCCACUUGCAGUAGCAAUUGUGUUGUCAGGACAGUAUGAAGAUGACGUAGAUAAUUCUGAGGAUGUUGUAUAUACUGGUCAAGGUGGGAACAAUCUACUUGGUAAUAAGCGUCAAAACCAGGAUCAAGUCAUGAUACGCGGUAAUCUGGCACUUAAGAAUAAUUUUGAACAAAGCCUGCCUGUUCGAGUAAUUCGUGGACAUGAAUCUACAACUAGUUACUGUGGAAAAGUUUACACGUAUGAUGGUUUAUACAAGGUGUUCCAAUACUGGGCUGAGAAAGGUGUUUCUGGAUUUACUGUUUAUAAAUAUCGCUUGAGGCGACUUGAAGGGCAGCCUGUGCUGACAACGAACCAGGUUCAUUUCACACGGGCUCAUGUGCCCAAGUCCUUGUCAGAAUUACGUGGGUUGGUAUCUUCUGACAUAAGUGGAAGUCUGGAAGAUAUUCCUAUCCCAGCUACCAAUUUGGUUGAUGAUCCUCCAGUAGUGCCAGAGGGUUUUACAUAUACAAACUCCAUACAAAUUGCGGAUACUGUGAAGCUUCCCAUUAGUGCCCCUGGUUGCAAUUGCGAAGAUACCUGUAUUGAUCCGAAGGCAUGUGCAUGUGCGCGGCUUAAUGGAUCCAAUUUUCCUUAUGUGAGUCGAGACGGUGGCAGAUUAAUUGAAGCCAAAGCUGUUGUGUUUGAGUGUGGGCCAAACUGUGUCUGUGGACCUGGUUGUGUGAACAGAACAUCUCAGAAGGGGUUAAAGUAUCGACUUGAGGUCUUCCGCACACCAAAAAAAGGGUGGGCUGUUAGGUCUUGGGAUUCUAUUCCUUCGGGAGCACCAGUAUGUCAAUACACAGGAAUACUUUUGAGAACUGAUGAUUUGGAUAACGUUUCUGAGAACAAUUACAUAUUUGAUAUUGAUUGCUUGCAAACUAUGAAGGGUCUUGAUGGACGGGAGAGGCGAUUGGGAGAUGUAACUAUGCCAAUGUAUCACCUGGACAAAAUUGAUGAUAAGAAAUCAGAAAAUGUGCCUGAGUUUUGCAUAGAUGCAGGCUCUGUUGGUAAUAUUGCCAGAUUCAUCAACCACAGUUGUGAGCCUAAUCUAUUUGUACAGUGUGUUCUGAGCUCCCACCAUGAUAUCAAACUUGCUCGAGUGAUGCUAUUUGCGGCUGAUAAUAUACCUCCUCUACAGGAGCUGACUUAUGACUAUGGCUAUGCCAUUGACAGCGUCAUUGGUCCUGAUGGUAACAUAAAAAAGAUGCCAUGUUAUUGUGGUGCUGUGGGCUGUCGAAAGUGGUUGUACUAGGUGUUUUUUUCUGAAAAGAAAAGAUAUCUUUGGUUUCCUUCUCUUAAGGUGUCAAAUAAUUUGUAACCUUAUUUUUUGUCCUCUUAGUAUUACUCUGGCCUCUUUUUUUGGUAGAAAUAACACUUAUUUAGUUAAGGUAAAAUCUGUCAUUUCACAUAUGUACUCAAAAUGCAUAUCAGAUAAUGACAACAAUUGGAAAUGACAUAAUAGUAAGUGCACAUACAAAUUACUGUGAAA